GUAGCUGUUCAAACAGGGAAGCUGGAAGUGGUACAAAGUUAUCUUUAGACCAGUAAACAAAGCUUACUGGGCACCAAUGUAUCAACGUUUUAGCAAUUUUUUUAUAUUAAUUUUUUUAUAGGCUACGUACCUUUCACCGCGUUUUAUGAAACAAUCUAUUUAAAGUAUUUCUCACCUCCUUGUAAAGGCCUAAAAUGUUAUACCACAUACCCUGGAUUAAUAUGCCGGUGCGGACUGCCAUUGCAAUCUGGCACCAGUUGACCAAGUAUGAGAUCCCUGACUUGGCCAAGUCCUCAGUGCUGAUGAGGGACCGCAGCAGAGUUGAAGAGACCAUACAGGCCAUGCACAGAGCUGGACCCAGCACCCUCCAGGUGAUUUCUGACUUUGAUAUGACACUCACCAGAUUUGCUCACAACGGGAGGAGGUGUCCCACCACUCACAAUAUCUUGGAUAACAGCUUGAUCCUCAGUGAGGACUGUAGGAACCAGAUGAGGGAGUUAUUGAACACCUACUACCCUAUUGAGAUUGAUGCUGCCCUCACCGUUAAAGAGAAGCUGCCCCUCAUGGUGGAAUGGUGGACUAAGGUACACGAGCUGCUUAUCCAGCAGAAGAUCCGUAAAGACCUGCUGUCCCAGGUUGUGAAAGAGUCCAGCGCUAUGCUCAGGGAGGGCUACAGGGGGUUCUUUGACCACCUGCAGGAGCAGCAUGUGCCUCUGUUGAUCUUCUCAGCUGGAGUGGGAGACAUCCUGGAGGAGGUGAUCAGACAAAACCAGGUCUUCCACCCCAACGUUCACAUCAUGUCUAACUACAUGGAUUUUGAUGACUGUGGAAUACUGCGGUCCUUCAAGGGCCAGCUGAUUCACACCUUCAACAAGAGGGAGGGUGCCCUCCUCCACACGGCACACUUCCUGGAGCUGAAGGAGCGCCCCAACGUGCUGCUGCUGGGGGACUCUCUGGGAGACCUCACCAUGGCAGACGGAGUGGCCACUCAGCACAUCGUCACGAUUGGCUUCCUCAACGACCAGGUGGAGGAGAGGAAGGAGUCCUACAUCAACUCCUACGACAUUGUUGUGGUGAAGGAUGAAACCAUGGAUGUCCCCAACGCUGUCCUCAACUACAUCACCACCGGCAAGUGAGGAAAUGGUGUGACAGUGGGACAAGUCAAGCAUUGAUUACUUCCUGUUUGCAUAGGGGUUGUGACAGGAACCACAAUCAAUCGCAUGAUGGGACACGCAACACCCGUCACAAGAAUGAGGCAUUCGACUAGUUCCACAUGGUUGCUCCACAACGCUG